UUCAAAAUGAUUAAGAUUAAAAAUUCCAAAGGAAAACUGAAAAAUAAAUCAAAUGCAAACGUCAGGCCGCAACAAGUACUGAAACAAGUACCCAAACAAGUACCACCAGUGAUAAUGCCAAAUUCUCAAAUAGUUGAAAGUUGCGGUACUAGUUUAGGCGACACUUCAGCUUCUGUAGAGCCAUCAAAUUAUCUCAGCGGACCUUUUCGUUUUGGUGAUUUUCCAGUGACGCUAACGGAAGAUAAUCUAAAUGAUCAAGAUGUUUUCAGUGCAUCGGUUGAUAAUGUAAAUUUAUCGGAUAGUACUAAUGCAAGGGCACAAAAUUCGAUAACAGAUAAAGACUGUGGUCCUUUGAUUUUAAUUAAUUCAAACAUUAAUUUAAAUUUGGGCCUUAAAUCUAAUAUAUUAUCACAUCGUAACUUUGCUAGGAAUAGCUCAGUUUCUAAUGUACCACGAACUGAUAUGGUUGAUCUAAAUCGUUCUUCGAAUGAAACUUUUACACAAAACGCAGCAGAUACACACGUUCCUAUGGAAGAAAUAAGUUUUGGAAGCUUUUCACCUCGUCAGCUGAUACCACAAUAUCAAUAUCUAAGAGAACCAAACCAUAAUAGAAAUUCUAAUGAAUCUGGUACUAAUUUCUUCAACUCAGAAAAUGUUACGUCUAAGGAUAGUUAUGUCAGCAAUUUGAGUACUCCUAUGCCACAAAAUAUUGUGGACAAUGAAAAUCAAUUGUAUAGCACCCCAACAUCACGUAAAAUUCAACUAAAUGCUAAUAGAAAGUUGGACUUUCCAAAAACCCCUAAUAAUCAUAAGAACUAUUUGCAAAAUCAAAAUAAAUAUAUAAAUUCAAAUCCUUAUGUAUCUAAAAAUAGUGGUCCCAAAAGUCCCAAAAAGGAUGGAUAUGAUAUGUCACAACAAUCUUAUGCACCGGGAUCAUCAAAUGCUGAUGGUGAAUAUUUACACUCCGCCAAUACACAACGAUCACCGAAAUCGUUUAAACAUUUUACUACUGGACAGAAUCACUCACCUCCAUAUUAUGUCAUGAAUAAUCAAGAUAUGUCAAUGCAACGUAAUACUUUGGAAGAAAAUUUCCCUAAUAAUCAAAUUCGUUCUAGAGUUUUUUCGAAAUCGCGCAAAAUGCAACAGAAUUAUAACUUCGAUCGUAAUCGUUUCAGUUACUCUUCUAAUAGACGCCAUUCCAACCCAGCUGUUUGGCAAAUUCCAAAAUAUUAUACACCAAAUCAAAACCGUUUCGUAGAUAUGCCAUCAGCGCAUUGUGCAACAGAAAAGAUGAAUUUUGGUCAUUUUUAUGAACCAGGUGAAGUGUCGCGGUAUGAUGUGUCAAAACAUCAUCACUUUAACAAUCAUCGAAAUGCAGAAUUUAAUCAUUCCGCAUGUAAUUCAUUUACACCACAACAAUAUUUCCAUCAGAAUCGUUAUCGCAAAACUCCAUCACCACAUUAUGCCGUACAUUUGUAUGCAGCGGACCAUCCAAAUGAAUAUAGACAUACUUCGGAUGAACAAAAUCAUAUAUCUGGAGUUCCACCCAACGUAAUGUCACAGCAAAGUGAUUUUGAUAAUAUUCCGUCGUCUUCUAACACGGUAUUACAAAAUUUAAUGAACGAACAGUUGCAGUAUAAAAAUUAUGCUAUGCCUGAAAGUUUGGCAUUGGAACAAAGUCAAUUUAAUAAUCAUUUACAUGUACCAGUACCAGAGCAAGACACACUAUAUAAUGAUACUCGAAUGCCAGUCCAUGGACGAUACCAAGGCCAUUACAACUUACCAAAUACCAACUUGCCAAGUACCAAAAAUGCUUUAUUAAAUGCCAAUGCACAAAAUCAUUUUGAUAAUAAUGUAAACUUCAAACAAACACCUCAUACAUAUUCGGAAAUAGGAGGAAACACUCAAAAUGUUCAAGGUUUAUAUAUUUACACUCACAACUUGCAAAAUGCAAAUCCUUCUAAGGAUGCUAAUAAGUUCCAUGAAAACAUUCGUUUUGGACAAAAUCGUGUAAAUAAUAUUCCAUACAGUGGCAAUCGAGAUAUUCAAAAUAAUGACUCUGUGCAGGAAUCUUAUCUUUCUAAUAAAUUCCUUGCCUCUAAUCAGCCAAGCGGAAAGAAACCUUUAUCUAACACUUCUGUUUCUGGUUUUUUACAAAAUCAAGCACUUGCGAUUCAACGCAAUAAUUCUGGCUUAGUUCCUGGUUUAGUUCCAUUGCAUAAUUUAACACCAACUCAAAACAAAACACAGCGGUAUGAUGGACUCAAUGUAAACGCUUCGCAUAUUGAUUCGUCUUGCCAAUCAAUAAAUAACCAACAAAACUUAAUAGUUCAAAAUCAAGCUCAAGGUGGUACACCACUUAACUUUGGUUAUACCCAACCAAUACAGAAUUUGGCUACUAAUAAUCGUCAUAUACCCAAUGCAAUGCUGGGACAUAACACAGCAACUCAAGGUUCGACCACUAAUUAUAAUAAUGCUGGUGUAAGUCCUGAGGCGGGCGUUAUAGAAAAUUCAAAUAGUUAUCAAACUUAUAGCUGCAAUGGAGAAAGAAAUUCAUCAACAACAAAUAAAAAUUGGACAGGUGUACGUGGUGGUGAUCAACAGGGAACCCACGUAAAUAUUAAUGACCCAUUAAUGUAUGACAGGAAUGCGACCGAUACUGUACCACAAUCUCAGUCUUAUGCUAAUACACUUCAGCCUAAUUUACUUUCGAAUCAAGAACUUGAUUCCAAUCUGUCGGAUAUAACACAGCUGAUGGUUACUCCAGCUAGCUUGACAGAUGAUGACCUAUUCAAUGUGUUUUAUGAAUAUCCGUACAAAAUUUGGCAAGUUAAGGCUGCUCUAGAAUUGUACAAUCGAUGUUGGCGGUACCAACUGCAAUCAAAAAGAUGGAUGCGCCGUUCCCCUGAUCACACUCACAUUGAAUAUAAGCCCAUAGGACAAAAGUCGGAAGGUUAUUAUGAACUGUACGAACCUGGAUGGAAUAUUAUACUUGUUUAUGAUGUUGUUGAUGAAACUCACUUCCAGUUGUUAGAAAAUAUUAAGUUGUGCGAAAUGUAUCUCCGCAGCUUUCAAAAUUAUAUUAAGUUGAAUUAGUUCAGUUUUGCUUUUCUUUCGUAUAUGUUUUGCAAAAAUAAUUUUUCUAUCAUUCAAAAUUUGAUAAAUAUUAAUAUUCAAAAAUUCAAGAUUAGCUAGCAUGAA